AUGCCUCCCCCGCGGUCCGACCGCCAGCAGAGCGCGCGUUCGGCCGCCGCGGUGGCGGCGACGUGUGCCGAGUUCGGGCUGACGGCCGCCGAGUUCGCGGAGCUGCACCGGCGCAGCGUGGCGGCCAAGGCGGCGGCGUACUGCCCGUACAGCCAGUUCCGCGUCGGGGCGGCGCUGCUCUCGGCCGACGCCGACGCCGACGCCCCCGUCUACUUCGCCGGCGCCAACGUCGAGAACGCCUCGUACCCCGUCGGCACCUGCGCCGAGCGCGUCGCCCUCGGCACCGCCGUCACCCAGGGCCACCGCCGGUUCCGCGCCGUCGCCGUCGCCACCGACAUCGCGCCCCCCGCGAGCCCCUGCGGCAUGUGUCGGCAGUUAUGGAGAUCUAACCGAGUCGCCCCCGUCCCGCCCGAAAGCAUACGCGAGUUCUCCGAACCUAGCAUCCCGAUCAUCAUGUUCGACAAGGACGACGAUUACACGGUGUUCCGGCUCGAGGAGUUGCUACCCUUGUCGUUUGGCCCCGACGCCCUCCCGCCGCCUAGGCCACGUCAGUAA